AUGGCUCGCUCCUCGAGUGUCCUUGCAGGCGGCCUCUUGGGUGCCGCCUCCCUGGGAGGCCUCUCCUUCCUGGCACCCGGCUCCGGGAGCCGACAGGUCGAGGUGCAGAGGGAGGUCUCCGUAGCUGCGCAGGCCCCGGGCUUCUUGGCAUCCACGUCCAGCACCGGCAGCGCAGCCCAGGGCGUCACGGGCGCCUUGGCCGUGGCCGGCUUGAGCGUCGCUGCCGUGAGAGGCGCAUCUGCCGCAUCCCGCCAGAAGGGCAUCAAGCCUCGGGCGGCCAAGAGCGUCGUCGCAUGCAACUCCUUGGCAAAGUUGAAGAUCGACGAAGUGGACCUUAAGGACAAGCGCGUCUUCAUCCGCGUUGACUUCAACGUGCCACAGGACAAGAAGGACCCGAACAUCAUCACCAACACGGCCCGAAUCGAUGCGGCCCUGCCCACCAUCAAGUAUGCCCUCGACAACGGUGCCAAGUCCGUGGUCCUCUGCUCUCACUUGGGCCGCCCCAACGGCCAGAAGGAGAAGACUUUUGAUUCUUUUGAUCUGAAGGACGAGAAGUUUUCCAUGAAGCCGGUGGUGGACGCGCCCACGAGGCCGGUGUGCGGCAUCCUUGGCGGAGCGAAGGUCGCAGACAAGAUCCAGCUGAUCAUGAACCUCUUGGACAAGGUUGAUAUCAUGAUUAUCGGAGGAGGCAUGGCUUUCACCUUCAUCAAGGAGGCCGGUGUGGACAUUGGCAACUCCCUCUACGACGAGGAGGGUGCCAAGCUGGUGCCGGAGAUCAAGAAGAAGGCUGAGGAGAAGGGUGUGGAGCUGAUCCUGCCCGUGGACUUCGUGUGCUCCUCCAAGUUCGGAGAUGAUGGCGAGAUCCAGGAGGGCGACAUGAGCACGGGUGUUCCCGAGGGCUUCUUGGGUCUCGACAUUGGCCCAAAGUCCAUCGCCAUGAACGACGAGGCCAUCAAGAAGUCCAAGACGAUCGUUUGGAACGGUCCUAUGGGCGUGUUCGAGAUGGAGGCCUUUGAGAAGGGGACGAAGCAGAUGAUGGAGACCAUCGUGGCAGUCACCAAGGAGGGUGCCGUCUCAGUCAUCGGUGGAGGCGACACUGCCACUGCUUGCAAGAAGUACGACACCGUGGACAAGGUCUCCCACUGCAGCACCGGCGGUGGUGCAUCUCUCGAGCUUCUGGAGGGCAAGCUCCUGCCCGGCGUGGCCGCUCUGGACGACUCCAAGGCCAUGGCAGAUGCCUAG